AUGACUCUGGUAGAAACUAUUGCCUCCCCUCCCGUCUUCCCCAUUCUCACAAAUGGCGAAUCUACACACACCAACCUUCCCAACGGCCUUGACAGUAAGAUCAAUGCCGAAAUCCCCGGGCUCGACAUCAAAGACACCCCUGUCGAAAACUUCCGCAAAAUGCGCGUCGUCGUAAUCGGAGCAGGGUUCUCAGGUAUAUACCUCGGUGUCCGUAUCCCGCAACGAUUACGCAACGUUGAGUUGGCCAUUUACGAGAAGAAUGAGGAUGUUGGUGGGACUUGGUAUGAAAAUCGAUAUCCCGGGUGUGCCUGUGAUAUUCCUUCGCAUUCGUAUCAAUAUACAUUUGCGCCGAAUCCGGCGUGGAGUAGAGUAUAUGCUAGAGGUCCGGAGAUUCAUCAGUAUCUCAAGAGCGUGGUGAAGAGGUACUCAGUAGACAGAUUUGUGAAGCUGUCGCAUCAGGUGCUGGAUGUGGAGUGGCAUGAGGAGGUAUCGAAGUGGUACAUCACAAUCCAGAAUCAUGCCACUGCGGAGAAGUUUGUCGACAAAGCAGAUGUUGUUAUUAGUGCUCGCGGAACACUAAAUGACAUAUCGUGGCCAGAUAUCCCCGGUCUGAAGGAUAUGAAUAUACCAGUCAUGCACUCGGCGGCAUGGGAUGACAGACAAGAAUUCGAAGGCAAACGAAUCGGCAUUAUAGGCGGUGGCAGCAGCGCCAUUCAGAUCAUUCCGGCUUUACAAAAGGUCAAAGACGCACAACUCACAUGCAUGAUUCGCAGCAGAAUCUGGAUUGCGAAUCCGUUCGGCGCGGAGAUUUUGAAAGAUCUCGGUGUCGAGAACACGGAAUUUACACCAGAACAACGCGCCCGCUUCGCAAACGAUCCAGAAUACUAUCUCAAAUUCCGCACAACUCUCGAAAGAGCCGCCAAUCUAGAGCACUCCGUGACCCUCAAAGACUCAGAGAUGCAACGUCUCGCGCGCGAAGGAUUCACCUCUCUCAUGCAAGAGCGUCUUUCCAAAAAGCCUGAAAUUCUAAAUCAUCUCCUCCCGGACUUUGGCGUGGGCUGUAGACGACUCACCCCUGGGCCGGGAUUUCUCGAAGCCCUGGUCGAAAAUAACGUAACCGUCACAAACACACCCAUCAAAGUAGCCCACAAAACAGGUCUCGAACUCCAAGACGGCACAAGACUCGACUUUGACAUACUGAUCUGCGCAACCGGUUUCCGUACCUCUGCACCACCACCCUUCCGCGUCGCAGGCGUUGCUGGGCAAUUAAUGUCAGACAAAUUUCACCCAUUCCCCGAAACAUACAUGUCCCUCGCCACAGACGGGUUUCCAAACUAUUUCAUGAUGCUUGGGCCUAACGCCGCAAUCGGUACCGGCCCCUUGACAACAAUGAUGGAAAUGACAGGCGACUACAUCGUAAAGUGUAUCCGCAAAAUGCAGAAAGAGAACAUCCUUCGAAUGGAAGUUCAGCAUCGGAGGGUCCGAGAUUUUUCAGCUGUGGCGGAGAACUAUUUCAAAAAGACGGUUUAUCUGGAUAAGUGCUCGAGUUGGUAUAGGAAUGAAGGUGGGAAGGGUCCUAAGAUAUCGGGCCUGUGGCCGGGUAGUGCGCUGCAUGCGAUGGAGACGAUUAGGUCACCGAGGUGGGAGGAUUAUAAUUAUAAGUAUGAGGGAGAGACUGAGCACGGGGAGGAGGUGAAUCGGCUCGCGUGGCUUGGUAAUGGAUGGUCGGUUACGCAGACAGGGAAUGGGGAGGCUGGAGAGUUGGCGCAUUUCUUGCAGCCUGCGUUUGUGGAUGUGCCUGCUGAACCAUUGCCGGAGGAGACAUUCAUGUAUAAACAGAAACCGUUCUCACAUUGA